CGCCUCACGGCGGGCGCGGUUCAGUCGGGCGGCGGCGGCGGCGGCGGCGGAGGAGGAGGAGGUGGAGGAUGUGGGCCACGCACGGGCUGGCGGUGGCGCUUGCUCUGAGCGUGUUGCCGGGCGGCCGGACGUUGCGGCCGGGCGACUGCGAAGUCUGUAUCUCCUAUCUGGGAAGAUUUUAUCAGGACCUCAAAGACAGAGAUGUCACAUUCUCACCGUCCUCUAUUGAAAAAGAACUUAUAAAAUUCUGCCGGGAAGCAAGAGGCAAAGAGAAUCGGUUGUGCUACUACAUCGGGGCCACAGAUGACGCUGCCACUAAGAUCAUCAAUGAGGUGUCCAAGCCCCUGGCUCACCACAUCCCUGUGGAGAAGGUCUGUGAGAAGCUCAAGAAGAAGGACAGCCAGAUCUGUGAGCUCAAGUAUGACAAGCAGAUCGACCUGAGCACGGUGGACCUGAAGAAGCUCCGGGUCAAAGAGCUGAAGAAGAUCCUGGACGACUGGGGGGAGACGUGCAAAGGCUGCGCAGAGAAGUCUGACUACAUCCGGAAGAUUAAUGAACUGAUGCCUAAAUAUGCCCCCAAGGCAGCCAGUUCACGGACUGAUUUGUAGUCGGCCUGGUCCCUGCUGCACCUGAGGGGAAAGCAGCUCACCUGCGUCUUCCCCACAGCCUUUUUGUAAUUUAUUUUUUAGGCGGGCUCCUGACAAUGUCAGGUGUGAAGCCUGGAGCUUUCCUGACGAAGCUGGCUCUCCAGCGCCCCCCUGGGGGGAUUCACUUUGUUCUGUUGCUGGUUUACUCUAGGACUUCAAAGUGUGUCUGGGAAUUUUUUAUUAAAGGAAGAAAAUUUCUAGCUGUC